AUGCGCCCCCCAUUGCGCAUCGCCGUGCUCGAAUGCGACACGCCCGUGGAUAAAGUAAAAGCCAGAUUCGGCACCUACGGGGACAUCUUCAAAUUACUCUUGGGAACCGGCGCAUCGACCUUGGAAGGGCUCAAUGCUCAAAGCCACUUGGAGAUCACAAAAUGGGAUAUUGUGAAUGGAACAGACUACCCAAAUCUGGAAGAUAUUGAUGCUAUUUUAUUGACUGGGUCGAAACAUGACUCUUUUGCGGACGUGCCUUGGAUUAAUAAGUUGGUCGAAUUUACUCAACAAGUCUAUGCGCAGGAUCGAGUGCGAUUGAUUGGGAUAUGUUUCGGUCAUCAGAUUAUCGGCAGGGCUCUGGGUGUGCCCGUCGGACGAAGUGAUAUCGGUUGGGAGAUUGCAGUGUGCGAUGUCAACCUGACAGAAAAGGGUAAAGAGCUGUUCGGAAAGGAGAAACUCAGCAUACAACAGAUGCACAAAGACAUCGUGGCUGCGUACCCCAAAGAAGUCACGCCACUCGGCUCGUCGCCUCGCUGCGCCGUACAAGGAAUGUACAUUGCACGAAAAUUGAUCACAGUCCAAGGACACCCCGAAUUCAACGGCGAGAUUAUGACAGAGAUUCUCACUCUGCGAAACCAACAAGGAAUAUUCUCGGACGAACAGUACAACGAAGCUUUAAAACGAGCAGAUAUUGCGCACGAUGGUAUUGCUAUUGCAGCCGCAUUUUUGAAAUUCCUGCUCGAAGAUUGA